UAAUAACGUAGCGAAGGCGGAGAGUUGGGGAAAGUGAAGGAAAGGAAAUGAACCACAAUCCGCAAUCCAGCGACGGGAAGCACGAUGACGACUCUGCCCUCUCCGACCUCCUUGCCUCUCUCAUGGAUUACACUCCCACUAUACCUGACGAAUUGGUGGAACAUUACUUAUCCAAGAGUGGUUUUCAAUGCCCGAUGGUCGAUUGUAAAAUAAGGCUUGUUUCUGUUGCUACUCAGAAGUUCGUUGCCGAGGUUGCAAGUGACGCACUUCAGCAUUGCAAGGCAAGGCAGGCUGCAGUUGUCAAGGACAAAAGGGAUAAGCAGCAAAAGGAUAAGCGCCUAAUCUUGACGAUGGAUGAUCUCUCAAAAUCAUUGUGUGAGUAUGGGGUGAAUGUGAAGCAUCAGGAGUAUUUUGCUGAUAGCCCAUCCACCGGGAUCGAUCCGGCUUCUAGAGAGGAAUAGUUGGAGUUGGACAUGUUAUUACAUGUUUGUAUUUAGUUGAUCUAUCUUUUUGAGAUGCUAUUACUUGUGCUACCAUAACAUGCUGCCCACUUCUCAUCAACAUAAUGUGUUGCCUGUUGAAUAUUAGGAUGAGUAAUACAUAGGACAAUUUGUCCAGAUUAAUGA